GGUAUAUUCAAAUGACAUUGACGUUUGGCGCCAAAGUUGUUUUUUUGUUUAGUUCACGAAGCUCGUGAAGAAGAUUUGAUAAAAAGCAAACGAUAUUUUGUUAGUGUUUGUUGGAUUUCUUGUUUACUUACCACGAGUUGGAUGUUUGUAUGAGUGAGAAAUAUUAUGUAAAUGGUAAAUUAAAGUGAGAAAAAUCGUAACGAUGUCUGAUAAAGUGGAAACAAAGAGGCUAUCGAUGAACGCCAGGCUCGCAGAGGCCAGGAUUUUCGACGACGACUCGUGGGAUGCGGAAACUGCGGGUUUCCCUCUAAACAACAACCUGAAUUUACUUCCCGAUCAAAACACAUGCUUCAACAUCUCAAAAACCGAAACCGUAAAUGUAACCAAAGAAGAGGGAGAAUUGGACGAUACAUUCGAAGAUUCUCUGCAUAGACCCGUCAAACAUGAACCCAAAACAGAACCACCUGAAACCAGUGACAAUUUCACAAAAAUCCACGUUAAAAAGGAACCCAUCGAAGACAGCGAAUUAGACGAUUCACUCCCUCUUUCAAGCACCAAUAACGUAGACACUUCCAUCGUCAAACCAGAACUGCUCCAAUCCACACCUAUUAAAAGAGAAAUAACACACGAUGACGCCAAUUCAUCCCCAUUUAACACUGAGCUGUUGAAAAAAUUCACCCUCGACAGCCCAUUGCCCAAGCAGUACCUCGAAGACGUCGAAAACGUGAAAAGAGCAGUCAAACGGUCAUUCAAAGAGACUGAACCCGUAUCAGAAGAAUCAGAAGACUACUCAAAUGAUGAAGAAUUAGAUCCACCUGACCCACCCGAGAUACCGAGAGUAUCGGUAAGGGACAGAUUAGGCGAGAAGGUGACUGACGAUGGCAGGGAAUCUGUGAAGAAACGUUUAGGGUCUAGAGACGAUCAUCGAGUACCUAAUAAACGAAGAAGGCAAGAACUGGAAACUGAUGAAGAGGUUUUGGCAAGGCGGCAGAAGCAAAUCGAUUACGGGAGGAACACUGCUGGUUACGAAAAUUACAUAAAACUGGUGCCAAGGAACGAAAGAAAAGUGGAAGAUCCGAAGACUCCUAACAAGUUUAUGAAAUAUUCCAGAAGAGGAUGGGACGGUUUAAUCAAACAGUGGAGAAUAAAAUUACAUCAGUACGAUCCGGCCGAUACGUAACAUAGCAUUUAAAUUUGUUCUUAAUUCUAAUUUUAUAAAGAUGGAUGCCUUUAAAAGGGCAGGAUGUUAGAUAAAGAUUUUAAUUUUGUCGAAUCAAGCUAAAUAUUUAGUUUGAAACAGUUAAAUUCAAUUUUAAUUACGUGUAAUUUUAAGAAAAAAUAUUUUUAUCGAUUUACAAUGUAGAGUACAAGUGUUCUUUUUCUGUUUAUUAUAAAAGUUU